CUCCAGUGUCAAACUUGACAUCAGACUGCUAGCGGAGCAUGGUAACUUCUCCAGCAAUCAGAGCGCUCCCCCUCACAUCAGUGGCAUGCUUCGUGGAGAUAUGCUCCUCUCACUGCCCGCUGCACCAGCAACAUGGAUUGUCACCUCUCCAUCCUUGUCCUGCUCGGCUGCUGCGUCCUCAGCUUUUCCGGGGAACUGAGCCCACAGCCUUCCAACGAAGUUAAUCUACUGGAUUCAAAAACAAUUCAAGGAGAGCUGGGCUGGAUCUCCUACCCAUCACACGGGUGGGAAGAGAUCAGUGGCGUCGAUGAACAUUACACACCCAUCAGGACGUACCAGGUGUGCAAUGUCAUGGACCACAGCCAAAAUAAUUGGCUGAGGACGAACUGGGUACCCAGAAACUCAGCUCAGAAGAUCUAUGUGGAACUAAAGUUCACACUGCGGGACUGCAACAGCAUUCCACUGGUUUUGGGGACUUGCAAGGAGACCUUUAACCUCUACUACAUGGAAUCUGACGAUGAUCAUGGUGUCAAAUUCAGAGAGCAUCAGUUUACGAAGAUUGACACCAUUGCCGCUGACGAAAGUUUCACUCAGAUGGAUCUCGGGGACCGCAUUCUGAAGCUCAACACUGAGAUCAGAGAAGUGGGACCUGUCAACAAAAAAGGGUUUUAUUUGGCUUUCCAAGAUGUUGGUGCGUGUGUUGCCUUGGUAUCUGUGAGAGUGUACUUCAAAAAGUGCCCGUUUACAGUGAAGAAUCUGGCUAUGUUUCCAGACACAGUGCCCAUGGACUCCCAGUCCUUGGUGGAGGUUAGGGGCUCUUGUGUCAACAAUUCCAAGGAGGAGGAUCCUCCCAGGAUGUACUGCAGUACAGAGGGCGAAUGGCUUGUCCCCAUCGGCAAAUGCACCUGCAACGCUGGCUAUGAAGAACGAGGUUUCAUAUGCCAAGCUUGUCGACCAGGCUUCUACAAGGCUUCAGAUGGUAUUGCCAAGUGUGUUAAGUGCCCACCACACAGCUCAACACAAGAAGAUGGUUCAAUGAACUGCAGGUGUGAGAAUAAUUAUUUCCGGGCAGACAAAGACCCUCCAUCCAUGGCUUGUACCCGACCUCCAUCCGCACCAAGAAAUGUUAUCUCUAACAUAAAUGAGACCUCAGUUAUCCUGGACUGGAGUUGGCCUCUGGACACAGGAGGCCGGAAGGAUAUUACCUUCAACAUCAUAUGUAAAAAAUGUGGGUGGAAUGUCAGGCAGUGUGAGCCCUGCAGCCCCAACGUCCGCUUCCUCCCUCGGCAGCUCGGACUCACCAACACCACGGUGACAGUGACAGACCUCCUGGCACACACUAACUACACCUUUGAGAUCGAUGCCAUUAAUGGUGUGUCAGACCUGAGCUCACCACCGAGACAGUUUGCUGCAGUCAGCAUCACAACUAACCAAGCUGCCCCGUCACCUGUUGUGACAAUUAAGAAAGAUCGUACCUCCAGAAACAGUAUUUCUUUAUCUUGGCAAGAACCUGAACAUCCAAAUGGAAUUAUACUGGACUAUGAGGUUAAAUACUAUGAAAAGCAGGAACAAGAGACAAGUUAUACCAUUUUGAGGGCAAGAGGCACAAAUGUUACUAUCAGUAGCCUCAAGCCAGAUACUACUUAUGUAUUCCAAAUCCGAGCUCGGACAGCAGCGGGAUAUGGAACCAACAGCCGCAAGUUUGAGUUUGAGACUAGUCCAGACUCUUUCUCCAUCUCUGGUGAGAACAGCCAUGUGGUGAUGAUUGCUAUUUCAGCAGCAGUGGCCAUCAUUGUCCUCACAGUUGUCAUUUAUGUUCUGAUCGGGAGGUUCUGUGGCUAUCACAAGUCAAAACAUAGUUCAGAUGAGAAGCGACUUCACUUUGGGAAUGGGCACUUAAAACUUCCAGGUCUCAGGACAUAUGUUGAUCCACAUACCUAUGAGGACCCUACACAAGCAGUUCAUGAGUUCGCGAAGGAGUUGGAUGCCACCAGCAUAUCCAUCGACAAGGUUGUAGGAGCAGGCGAAUUUGGAGAAGUUUGCAGUGGCCGCUUAAAACUUCCUUCAAAAAAAGAGAUUUCAGUGGCCAUCAAGACUCUGAAAGUAGGCUACACAGAGAAGCAAAGGAGAGACUUCCUGGGAGAAGCCAGCAUCAUGGGACAGUUUGACCACCCCAACAUCAUCCGACUGGAAGGAGUUGUCACUAAAAGUAAGCCAGUGAUGAUUGUGACAGAAUACAUGGAGAAUGGGUCCUUGGACAGCUUCCUACGUAAACAUGAUGCCCAGUUCACGGUCAUCCAGCUAGUGGGAAUGCUCCGUGGCAUAGCAUCAGGAAUGAAGUACCUUUCAGAUAUGGGCUAUGUUCACCGGGAUCUUGCUGCUCGGAACAUCUUGAUCAACAGUAACUUGGUGUGUAAAGUGUCUGACUUUGGACUCUCUCGGGUGCUCGAAGAUGACCCAGAAGCUGCUUAUACUACCAGAGGAGGAAAGAUACCAAUACGGUGGACAUCACCAGAAGCGAUCGCCUACCGCAAGUUCACAUCAGCCAGUGAUGUGUGGAGCUAUGGAAUUGUUCUCUGGGAAGUGAUGUCUUAUGGAGAACGGCCAUAUUGGGAGAUGUCCAAUCAGGAUGUCAUUAAAGCAGUGGAUGAAGGCUAUCGCCUGCCACCUCCCAUGGACUGCCCAGCUGCCUUGUAUCAGCUGAUGCUGGACUGUUGGCAGAAAGACAGGAACAACAGACCCAAGUUUGAACAGAUCGUCAGCAUUCUGGACAAACUCAUCCGGAAUCCGGGCAGUCUGAAGAUCAUCACUAGCGCGGCAGCAAGGCCAUCAAACCUUCUUCUGGACCAAAGCAAUGUCGACAUCUCUGCCUUCCACACAACUGGUGAUUGGCUCAAUGGCGUCCGGACAGCCCACUGUAAGGAAAUCUUCACAGGCGUGGAGUACAGCUCCUGUGACACCAUUGCCAAGAUCUCUACAGAUGACAUGAAAAAAGUUGGUGUUACCGUGGUUGGGCCACAGAAGAAGAUCAUCAGCAGCAUUAAAGCUCUAGAAACACAAUCUAAGAAUGGUCCAGUUCCAGUGUAAAGUACUAGAAGGAUUUGAGAAAUGGGGAAGAUGAAGCAUUCUUCUGCAGCCAGAUGGAAAUGAUGGAGACACUCACGAAAGCUCCAAGUCUAAUAAGACACUCAGUUAUAAGUCCAAAUGCCUUAAAAAUAAAUUUAAAAUCUCUUUAUUUUCCCCUACCAUUUUACAGAUGGGUGGGUGAGUGCAUUUUGUUUUGUAAUUGCUUUUUUAUGUUAAUUGAAGGGAUCAAUUAAAAUUCUUCAGCUCAAAUGGAAGAACUAGUGUAGAGCCAUUGAUCAUAAACUAUCAUGGAGGUAUAGCAAGUAAACUAGCAAGAUGGACUUGACAGAUUUGUCAUGAAUGGCCACAAAAGAAAAGACUUGUGAUAUUUUUAUACACAGAAGAAAUCUGAAACAGGUAUUUUGUUUCUUUAAAAGCAAGCAAAAGAGAGGCAUUUAUACCUCAAACUAUCUGGCCAUAUUUACUACCUUAUCACUUUAGUAUUCUCUUUUAUCUGUUUGAAGCAUAUAGAGAUGAAGUUUGUAGUUGUUUUAAAUACUAUACAUUUUUACUUGUUACCUUCUUGAAGCAUACUGUGUAAAGACAUGUCUUAAUUUUGGGGGGAAAGUGCAUAUUUAUUUUCUUUUGGAUGGCUUUUAUUGUUUUAUAUUUAUGCCUUGAUGAUUUCAUUUGGGUUUUGUUACAGCCAAGUGCCAAAUGCUAUCUCAAAUUGUCAGCAGUAAGAAACAUGUUUAACUCGACCCAGAGAAUGAUGUGUUCCUUUCUAGAAUUGUAGAACAAUCCACUUAUAUGUACUAACACAAUGAAACUCUUUCCCUGUUCAUACAGUAACCAAAUCACUCACAGUCUGAAUUAUCCCAUUCAUUUUUGUCUCUCCAUUUAUCAAUAAAUGUAUGCUCCUAAUUUAGUGUAAUAUACUGGCUUGUAUGUAAUAGAUUUUUAACCAGAUGUCAUACUUUUCCUACUCUGGUGCUUAGAGGACAUCAAUUCCUUUCUUCAUGAAGGAAAAUUGUUAGUGCUCCUUAGCUUUGCAAAAUUGGAAAGAUUAAAAUGAAGUUAGAUGAUUACAUUAAUUGACAACUGCCUAUAGGUAAAUGCAUGACACACAAAUGCAAACA